UCCUGAGCCCAAGUAUGCACACGAGCUAACUUAGGGAGUGAGUAAGAAUGAAGACAGCUCGACAUGCAACCACCAGAUUCCACCAUCCAACCAUGCAUCCGUUCAGUCUGAUCAACUCGAUGCCUCUUCCAGGUACCCGCGUCCGUGCUUUUUUUUCCUUCCUGCGGGGGGACGGUCCUUUGCUACGAGCGAGUCUAAAAAGAAACACCUUGCUCGACGGAGCCAUUGCUUGUCAAACCAUAGGUCAAGGGGGCCCACCGCCAGCUCAGCCGUCCGUCCGCAUCCGCCAGCCAGUCAGCUACCAUCACUUCGCUCAAUCACCUCCUCCUGCUAUUGCACAACAGGAACGGUUCGUUGUUUGCAUGAUGAUAAUAGCCAUAGCUGGCUGAUAGAAUGCAUGGGAAAUGAACAUGGGGGAUCCUCCAACCCAUGAAAAUCAUCCAACACACUAAACCCAAACCCACCAUCCCCCGGGCCCAUCGUCUUGGCUCCUCGAUCGAUCCAUCGUCAUAUCCAACUGGUAGGUAUUGCUCGUUAUAAGCACUAACUUUGGCCUCGUAUCAUUCCAUCUUCUCCUUUUCCAAUCCGUAUCUCGUUCAGCAUGGCAUCUCCUGAAAAUCCCCAUUGAACCGCCAAGAGGCCACCAGCCGUUCCUCGUAUCCAUUCUCCUUCCCAUAUCAGCUCUCAUUCAUCCCACGCACCCCCAAAAAAAAACGCCAUCCACAGUCUUUAACCCUACUCUCCGCUUAUCAAAAGGCUAGAACUAGCAUGUCUGGUAGUCAGUCAUCUCCGCGUCCCGUGCACGCUGCCACCUGGCCCCAUCUCCAACUCCUCCCAUCUAGCUCGUCGUCCGCCAUUAUGCUUUCAGCACACAUCCAUGCUCGCCAUGCGGUAAAUGAUCAAUAUUAGCAAGCCUAACAGCUCAUUAUUACCACUCAAGCAACCAGCGGUCUGGAUCACGACACGCUGUCUCCCUUGAGUCAAGCGUGCGCAGCCCAAGUACCUACAUGACGUCUACAAUCAAUGAAUCGGAGAACAAGUCAACACAACUAAAGCUCAACGCCUUCCGCGGAAUCACCAUGAUUUGCAAUCCCCCACUCUCAUUAACUCAGCUACUCAGUAGCCAACGUGCAAUGGCCUUGUUUAAUCUAGACGUUUCACACUCGAAACAAAACAAAACAAUGGGGGUGGGCAGGGCAACAAGAAUCCCCC